AUGAUAGGUCUCGGUUUUAUCAUGCUCCUCAGUGGAGACCCUGGUGUUGGCAAAACCCUCACUGCAGAGUCCGGUAAGAUUCUCUGGACUAAUAAUGUAUCUCAUACCGCAUUAUUAUUUGCUGAGUGCUUUGAUAGCCGCGGAAGAAAUGCACCAACCCCUCUACUCAAUGAGUGCCGGCGAACUAGGUGAAACAGCCUCGGAAGUCGAAGAUUCCCUUGAACUAGUUCUCGAGCUAGCUAGUAAAUGGAAUGCUAUCCUCCUCCUUGACGAAUGCGAUAUAUUCCUCGAAGCAAGAACAAGUUCAGAUUUGCGUCGGAAUCGCUUGAUAUCUAGUAAGCUCUAAUUUAACCCCUCCAAAACAGGAAUUAAAGCAGAUCUAAUUCAUGUAACCAACAAAAAUAGUCUUCCUCAAAAAAGCUAGAAUACUAUCCCGGAAUCCUCUUCCUAACAACCAAUCGCCUCACAGAUCUAGACCCUGCUAUCUCAUCUAGGAUACAUUUAACAAUCCAUUAUCCUGCUUUGGAUAUAGCCUCUCGACUGCAUAUCUGGAAGACAUUUGUUGUCAUGGGACAAGUAGCUAGAGAUGAGGAAACGGGAAUAAGUGAAAAGGAUUUGGUUGGUUUGGCGGAAAGGGAGGAGAUUAAUGGGAGGGAGAUUAAGAAUGUGGUUAAGACGGGAAGGUUGCUUGCUAAGCAGGAAGAGAGAUCUCUGAGAUUGGAGCAUAUUGAGAUGGUUUUAAAGGUUAGAAAGGGAGUUCUUAGAUGA